GUGCAUCGCUUCGCAGGUGCGCUCGUGUCGUCACCGCCUGGUUACAAGUGGCAGGAAGAAAAAGAUUCUCAAAGCUCGUUACCAUGGCCGCUCCGGCACGCAGGAGCUCGUUUUAAACGCAAUUUGAGCUUUUUCUUAGAACUUUCCUUCACAACUUUCAAGAAAAGGAAGCCGAGCGCGAGAAGUGGAGGCGGUGAAGGUGCAGAAUGGGUAAAACGGAGAAGACCGAUCCGGACUCCGAGUACGGAGAACCCGCUCAGUUCGACCCAACGUUCAAUGGACCCAUGAAGAAAAGAGGAUGCACGGAUAUAAUCUGCUGCGUCCUGUUCAUGGCGGUCGUCCUCGGCUACGUGGCAGUCGGGAUUUUAGCUUGGCUUUUUGGAGAUCCAAGACAUGUUCUUUAUCCAAGAAACUCAACUGGGUGGUUCUGCGGCAUUGGACCAAAUAAAGGCCGACCCAACCUGUUCUACUUUGACAUUGUUAAAUGUGCCACAUCUGCUAACGCUAUGGCAACGGCCCUUAAUGGGUUUCAGUGUCCAACCACACAGGUGUGCGUGGCCAGCUGCCCCACUGGGUUUGGGGCUGUGGGAAUACUGUCAUAUGGUCAAAAGCCAGCAGACGUUUUCAAUCAGAGCCUCUGUGUUCCGUCCAUACAGCUGGCGACCACCGACAAGACUGUCAAAGAAAUUGUGGACAAGGAGCUUUGUCCUUUCUUCUACAUGCCCACGACCCCUGUGCUGGGUAGAUGUUUGCCCGACAUUUCGGCACUGGGGAGGAUCCCUUCAGAGUUUUCUAAUAUUCCCGGAUUACCCUCCAUCAAUGACACAGUCGACCUCAUCAAGAACGGCACGGGGGACAUUGUGGGUGGAUUUAAUGCCAGGGACAUUGGCGUCCGCAUCUUUGAGGAUUUCGCGUCGUCAUGGCCGUGGAUUCUCCUUGGUCUGGUCAUAGCAAUGGUGGUCAGCAUGCUGUUCCUGUUGCUGUUGAGAUUCACUGCGCCGGUGAUGGUGUGGGUGCUCAUCGUAGGAGUCCUGGGUGCUGGGGCAUAUGGUAUAUGGCACUGCUACUGGGAAUAUGAUAACUACAAGAAAGACUCGGCUACCAUCAGUAACAUCGGUUUCACCACCAAUUUCAACGUUUACCUGCAUGUCCAAGAGACCUGGCUGGCGUUCUUGAUCAUCAUAUCUGUGGCGGAAGGAAUCAUUCUGCUAACCAUCAUCUUCUUGCGCACAAGAAUCCUCAUCGCCAUCGCCUUAAUCCAGGAGUCCAGCAGGGCAAUCAGUCACAUGAUGUCCACUCUGCUCUACCCUCUGGUCACCUUUGUUCUCCUGCUGGUGUGUGUGGCUUACUGGGCCGUCACUGCUCUAUAUUUGGCCACUUCGGGGGGACCGAUAUACAAAGUGGUGGCUCUAAACUCCACUCUUGACGACUGUAAGAAAAUCAAUGGCUCUGUGACCUGUGACCCUCAGGACUUCAACUCGACUGACUACCCAGGCUGCCCCUCAGCCAGCUGCAUCUUCAUCAAGUACAACGACGAGGGGGUCUUCCAGAGGAACCUCUUCAACCUGCAGAUCUACAACGCCGUGGCUUUCCUCUGGUGUGUCAACUUCAUCAUCGCCUUGGGGCAGUGCACGCUGGCGGGGGCCUUUGCCUCCUACUACUGGGCCUUCACCAAACCAAAUGACAUUCCCACCUUUCCCCUGAGUGCCAGCUUCAUACGAUCACUCAGGUACCAUGUGGGCUCUUUGGCAUUCGGCGCUUUGAUCCUGACCCUGGUGCAGAUAGCCAGGAUGAUUCUGGAGUACAUUGACCAUAAGACUAGAGAGGCACAGAAUCCAUGUGCACGAUUCGUACUUUGCUGCUUGAAGUGCUGCCUCUGGUGUCUGGAGAAGUUCAUCAAGUUCCUCAACAGGAACGCUUACAUCAUGAUUGCAAUUUAUGGGAAAAACUUCUGCGUCUCAGCCAAAAAUGCUUUCAUGCUGCUCAUGAGAAAUGUAGUAAGGGUCGUGGUGCUGGAUAAAGUGACAGACCUGCUGCUGUUCUUCGGGAAGCUCCUGGUGGUCGCCGGCGUGGGCGUGUUGUCCUUCUUCUUCUUCUCUGGGCGAAUAUUGCUACCAGGCAACACCUUCCGCUCUGAAACGCUCAACUACUACUGGAUGCCAAUUAUUACGGUGGUGUUUGGCAGCUACCUCAUAGCUCAUGGAUUCUUCAGCGUGUACAACAUGUGUGUCGAUACGCUCUUCCUCUGCUUCUUGGAGGACUUGGAGCGCAACGAUGGAUCCAUUCAGAAGCCGUACUUUAUGUCCAAAAACCUCAUGAAGAUCCUCAACAAAUCCAACAAAGGACAAAAAAAGGUUAAAGGGAAGGACUGAAGAUUUUUACCUUUUUUUUUUUUUUUAAACCGUUGACAAACUUUUUUUGCACUUUCUAAUUCUUGUUUUGUUUGUGGAUGUAGUAUUAAUGACUAAGAAUGUGAAUGCAGGUAGUGGGACAUUUUAAGUUGCAAGGUAUCUGAUGGUUUAUUUCAUUUAAUCAGAUUUUCUUUAUUCGACUGUUCUAAAAUUUGUAUUUUAAAAUGUGUUCAUAAGCCUCAACUAGUGCAGUGCACAUUUGACCGCUUAUCCAGUUAAAGGCUUUUAGUGCAGUUAAGAUGUGUUUUCCACCGUUUGGCUGAAAUUCUUCUCUGUAAAACGAAAAAGUUCAUUUCAGAUUUUUAUAUAUAUGUAAUUUAUAAAUACGUAACAUUUGUAUAACCACAAUAAAGAUAUUAAAUAAAGUUUUACUAUUGAACCCUCAA